CUCAUAACUUAUCCGAUACUAUCGUCCAAAUGAUGAUCACGCAACCGCUGAUUAAUAAUUGCACGUUCUCUCUGUCUCUAGUCUUCACCAGCUGAAACAAACAACAUAGUUGUAACGUUGUAACUCAGAUUCGAUCAGAUUCCUCUUUUUCUUCAAACCUUCACAGAAAACUUUCCAUUUUUACUUCAACAAUGGCAUCUCUAAGCAUGACCCAGGUCAGAACAGGAAAAUCUGCAUCUGGGUUUUCCUUGAAUUGCCCUGGGAAGGUUCAGGCUCGUCCCAGCAGAGUUGGUUUCAGGGUUUUUGCUUCAGAGGCUCAGGUUCCUGAGCCUGAUCUCAGUGUUACUGUAAAUGGGUUGCAUAUGCCAAACCCUUUUGUUAUUGGGUCAGGUCCACCUGGAACAAAUUAUACUGUCAUGAAGAGAGCCUUUGAUGAAGGGUGGGGUGCUGUGAUUGCUAAAACUGUGUCACUUGAUGCAGCAAAAGUUAUAAAUGUAACUCCUCGGUAUGCCCGACUACGGGCCGGUGCAAAUGGCUCUGCAAAAGGAGAAAUUAUUGGGUGGGAGAACAUAGAACUUAUCAGUGAUCGACCACUUGAAACCAUGUUGAAAGAAUUUAAGCAAUUAAAAGAAGAAUACCCAGACAGAAUUCUCAUUGCUUCAAUCAUGGAGGAGUACAAUAAGGCUGCUUGGGAGGAGCUUAUCGACAGAGUUGAGCAAACUGGAAUUGACGCGAUCGAGAUAAAUUUCUCCUGUCCUCAUGGCAUGCCAGAACGCAAAAUGGGUGCUGCUGUUGGGCAAGAUUGUGCUCUUUUGGAAGAGGUUUGUCGAUGGAUAAAUGCAAAAGCUACAGUUCCUGUUUGGGCUAAGAUGACUCCCAACAUAACUGAUAUUUCAGAGCCAGCAAGGGUUGCUCUAAGUUCAGGGUGUGAGGGAGUAGCUGCUAUAAAUACGAUCAUGAGCGUCAUGGGAAUCAAUCUCAAUACAUUGCGCCCUGAACCUUGUGUUGAGGGAUACUCAACUCCCGGUGGUUAUUCUGCAAAGGCGGUCCACCCCAUAGCUCUCGCGAAGGUGAUGAGUAUAGCGAAAAUGAUGAAGUCUGAGUUUGACAGUGAGGACUAUUCACUUUCGGCCAUUGGUGGUGUUGAGACAGGUGGUGAUGCUGCUGAGUUUAUUCUUCUUGGGGCAAAUACUGUUCAGGUUUGCACUGGAGUUAUGAUGCAUGGCUAUGGUCUUGUGAAGAAGCUGUGUGUAGAGCUUCAAGACUUCAUGAAAAAGCACAAUUUCACAUCAAUAGAAGAUUUCCGAGGGACCUCUCUUCAGUAUUUUACAACUCACACUGACUUGGUGCAAAGGCAGCAAGAGGCAAUUAGGCAGAGGAAAGCCAUAAGAAAAGGUUUGCAGUCUGACAGAGACUGGACAGGAGAUGGUUUUGUGAAAGAGAGUGAAAGCAUGGUUUCUAACUGAGAUGUACAAUUAAAUUAUGCAACCUUUCUUGUAUGAUUAUCCACAUAGUUCUUGCAAAUGGAGCUGUAAAGAAAUUAUCUUCUACUAUUAAUAAUUGAUUUAUGUCCUUUUAAGAACAAUGUAAUAUGUUUCUUGUCAAGAGUUAAUAAAAUAAAAGUAUACUUAACAAAA